UUCAGUACCCGAAGAGAAAGAGAACGCUCUGAGUCAGCAACUGAUGCGUCCUGUGGGCCUGCUGUCGGCGGGAUCCACGCCGAGAUCCACGCCGAGAUCGACGCCGAUCCGCAGCUUGUCGCCGUCCGUUGCUCGAGGCCGGGAGUUCCGCACCGCGUUGCCGGGUCCACAGGUGAAACGUUUGAAGGUCACGGCGCCGAAGUUUUACGCGGUUCCGCACAACCGUGUGGCCGAAGAAGGUGAAACGGUAAGAUUUCAGUGCGCGAUAGCGGGACAUCCGACGCCCUGGGUUACUUGGGAUAAAAAUGGCUCGGUAGUUACGCCGAGCGCGAGAAUAUCCGUGAAAGAAAGAGACGACGCCAGAGUACUGGAGAUAUCGGAGGUCACUUCCGAAGACGCCGGACUCUACAGAGUCACCUUGGAGAACGACGUAGGUCGGGUGGAGGCCACAGCCAGAUUGGAGGUGAUAGGACGACGCGGAUCCGUCGCCAGGGGCAUAAGGGCGCGAAGCGCGUCCCCCAGGACGUAUCCAACGUUCGGAAGAAGUCUUCUAGGUUCUGCAGCCAGAAUCAACGGCCGGUUACAGCUGCAAUGCGACGUCAGAGGGACUCCCUCCCCCACACCCUCUUGGUACAGAAACUCGAAACCCUUGGAACGAUCGGAUCGCGUCAAAAGAUUUUUCGACGGACGAACGGCCAGAGUUGAAAUAUCGAAGGUCAGGGCGACGGACGCGGGUGAAUACACCUGUCAAGCGACCAACGUCAUCGGUACAACGAGAAACACCUGCCAAGUUCUGGUCCUCGGGGCCGACGAUCCUUUGACUUUGGACAAAGAAGCGCCAAAAUUUUUGGACGAACUACCGGCCGACUCGAUCGUCAUGGAGGGACAUUCGUACGAACUGCAAGUGAGGCUCGCCGGUACACCACCGUUUACGAUCAGCUGGUUGAAGGACGGUAGGGAAGUACCGGACAGCGAUUACUACAGAUACGUCGUCUACGGAGAUGGUGGUGUCGCUCUCAGACUGGCCGACGUUUACCCUCAGGACGCCGGAGAAUAUACGUGCAUAGUUCGCAACGAUUUUGGGGAAGUUAGAACGAAGGGACUGUUCGCUGUUCAGGAUUACAAGGGUGCUCCGAAAAUGGCGCUGCAAUUCACCAAGACUCCGGUUUCCGUCGUCACCUCGAAAGGAGCGACGGCGCAAUUUUGCGCACGGGUCCAGUCCGGAAGACCGGCCGAAUUCAAGUGGACCGUGAACGGAAGGGACGCGAAGGUCCUUUCGAAGUGUAAGGUCGAAAAGGACGGAUCUACCAGCGUCCUGAAGAUCACCGGGGUCUCUUUUCGCGAAGUGGGAAAAAUUCGAUGCACCGCGGGAGUCGCCGGCGGUCGAGGACCGACCGUGAGCGCUACGGCGGAUCUUCAGAUUCACGGCGAUUCCCCGAUUCUCGGGUCACCCUCGUUGUCUCGCAAGGACCCGCUGAGAAGUAGCGGCAAAAGGACCACCGUCGUUCGGGAACUUCGAACGACCAGAGAGGAAAAAUCGGCGAGUCCCGCGGUCAUCUGGCCGACCCUCAGGAGUCCGAUUCCGAGGCGACGAGUCAACCCCCUCGCUGAUUCCACGUCGACUCCGAUUUCCGGGCAAAAAAAAUCGUCGGCAAGACCGCAGCCGUUGAAUCUUCCGCAGAAAGUAAUGGGUAGAAUUCCUCCGAGUCUGAGGCGCACGAAGUCCUUGGAAAAGUCUUCGACGGGUGUCGGUCCGAGAACGACCAGGAUCAGGUCGUCGUUGAGGGAGGUGAAAAAAGUGAAAGAAAAAAUUGCGCCGCCGCUGUCUCCGCUGACUUCCAGCUCCCUGAAAAAGGCGGAGGUAGCCGAGAGGAUCUUAUCCCCGGAGAGGUUCACGGGAAUCCCGGUAAUCGAGGUGCCUACGGUCGUCGUCCCUCAAAUAAGAGAACACUCUCCCUCCGAAAGAGAAGUUCCACUGCCGGGAACCGCGGGUGUCCAAAAACCGGAGGUGAAAGACGACGCUGAAUUCGUUACGGAGGAGGAGGGUAUAAUCGAGAGAAUUUUAUCCUCGGCGAACGACAACGUGCAGAAAGUACUUCGGAAGUUCAAGAGCGAGUUGGGUAGCAGGGAAAACUUGCGACGGGCCAAUUCCGGGGGGGAGAAAAAUAAUUCGGAAUCGCAAAAAAUUGGCGAAGAAUCGACGGAUCCCGCGACGGCGACGAUCGACGAUUCCCCUGCGAUAAAAUGUCUCAGGAUCCUGGAGAGGUCGCAUUCGCCACCCGAGGAUAUCAAAAAGAGACUCGCGGAAGUGAGGAGACCGAGUCUGGAAAGAUUCGAGGCUGCGGUCAUCCUGAAAGCUCCUUCCGAUAUCACCGCUCUCAGAGGUGCGAGGGUCGUCCUGAGAGCGACGUACAAAGGACAUCCGGAGCCGAGGGUCAAGUGGCUUCGAGCGGGACGGGAGCUGGUACCGGACAACAAAAUUGGGAUCACCAGCGGCGGAGGCGUAUCGUGUCUUACUUUGGACAGCAUCACAGCCGACGAUGCUGGGAAAUACAUUUUUUCAUUGGAAAACGCUCUCGGACGUGAUCUGAAGCACGCCAGCGUAGCUGUCGAAGGUCCUCCGGAUCCCCCAGCUGGCUCGCCCGCAGUUUAUCCUGGAAUUGGUACCGCGACGGUAACCUGGAGAUCACCGCCUUACGACGGAGGUUGUAUGGUCACCGGAUAUUCCGUAGAAAUGCGACGUUCGGAUGAAACGAAAUGGACGGUAGUCGCCGAGGCGUGUCACUCCUUGAGUCACACGAUAGACGGUCUUCAACCCGUCGAGGAAUACUUGUUCAGGAUCAGAGCAGAGAAUAUACACGGCGCAAGUGAACCGGGAUUGGAAACGAGGCCGGUCACGAUCGCUGAAGACGAAGAACAAUUCAAGCCGGCAUUCGAGGCGCGCGAAGUCGCCUUCGAAAAAGGACAGCUAUUCAAAGAACGUUACGAUGUUUUCGAAGAACUCGGCAAGGGUCGUUACGGCGUGGUACGAAAGGUACUGGAAAAGGCAACUGGUCAACACCUGGCAGCUAAAUUUAUUAGAACGAUAAAAGCGAAAGAUAAGGAACAAGUUCACGAAGAGGUUCGCAUAAUGAAUUUGCUCAGGCAUCCGAAACUCCUUCAACUAGCAGCUGCUUUCGAAAGUCCUCGAGAAGUCGUUAUGAUCAUGGAAUACAUAUCCGGUGGCGAACUCUUCGAAAGGGUCGUCGCCGAUGAUUUUACCCUGACGGAAAGAGACAGUAUCCUUUUUAUGAGACAGAUCUGCGAGGGGGUCGAGUACAUGCACGAAAAUAACGUCGUUCAUCUUGACUUGAAGCCCGAGAACAUCAUGUGCCACACCCGAACCUCCCACCAAAUAAAACUCAUAGACUUCGGUCUGGCUCAGAUGCUGAAGCCGGACACACCUAUCAGGGUACUUUUUGGUACCCCGGAAUUUAUUCCUCCGGAGAUAAUAAAUUACGAACCCAUCGGGACUGAGACGGACAUGUGGAGCGUUGGCGUUAUUUGUUACGUCCUACUCACCGGCCUCUCGCCUUUCAUGGGUGACAACGACGCUGAAACAUUUGCGAAUAUAACGCGCGCCGAUUACGAUUUCGAGGACGAAGCCUUCGAUGCGAUAUCCCAGGAUGCUAAGGACUUCAUAAGCGCACUGCUGGAAAAAAGAAAAGAAUUACGAAUGUCGGCUAAACAGUGCCUCGAGCAUCCUUGGAUGGCGCAACACAGCGAAAAGAUGAGUCGAGUCGCCCUACCGACUGACAAACUCAAGAAAUUUAUAAUACGAAGAAAAUGGCAGAAAACUGGAAACGCCAUUCGAGCGUUAGGGAGAAUGGCGACUCUGUCGGCAAACAGUCGUCGCAAUAGUUCGACGAACGAAUCCUCGUCACCUACGCGGAGUCUGUCGCCCCUCGUUUGCCUCGGCGAAGGAAUUUCCGCGUCGCCGAAUAUCGUCAACGACGAACCGACCUCGCUCAAUGUCACCGAAAUAGAAAGGGACUCCGUCGAAACUGACAAUGAAAUUCAAUCGGAGAUAACAAAGGAUCCCUCGACAGCGGUUAUUUCUUCCAACGACGAUGCCGAGGACGAAGAGAAGGUCGAAGAAAGCAGCGCGGAAUCGAACGUGGCGAACGAAAUCGUGGAAGAUGACGAAAAGCGGGAAAUAACGACGCCGCGUGGAUUGAGUAGCGACGAUUCCUGUCUUCAGUCAAACAAAUCCCGAGAUAAUUUGGGCGCGAAGGACCCCCGGCUUGGAAAAUCCUCCGAAUUGAUAGGCGACGAGGGAGCCGUGAGAGGUCGUUCGAACGACUACCUCGGAGUGAAUAUAGAAUUUUGCAAUCUUAGUAAAUCCGAACCGGACGAAAUCUAUUUGUCGAGUAACAAAGUGGUGGAGAUAUCGAAUUCGGAGGAAACGGGACCCGAGGAGACCUAUCCCUCCUCCAUAAUCGAACCCGAAGAGGACGAGACUCCGUCGCGGAGAAACACCGCGGAGCUAGUGAACGCCACGAUAAUCGAGGACAUUCAUGUGAACGGUUUCAAGGACGCGACCUUGAAGAGAACCAGAGCGUGCAGCGAACGGAGUGAUUCUGGUAUCAGCGAUUGUUCGAGCGCCGCGCCGUAUUCCCAAGGCGGCGAAUUGUCGAGCAUGAUCAUCACGGAGGAAGACGAAGACCCCCACGGGUCCUCAUUCGGGAUCAAACUGCGAACGACGAAGAGGACCGGUGUCGAUAUCGCCAGACCACUGUCGAAUCACGCCCACGACGAAGGUCAGGACUCGGGGUUGAUUCGUGGUCCACCCCGCGUCCACACCGGGAGCGUCAGUCGGACCGCGAGAAUGUUCGAACGAGACGAGCUGCCGGCAACGAAGGAGAUCCCGACCUCCCUGCCCCGGGUGACCCCCUCCGUACCCGGGAAACCGCACAACGACCGAAUUCAGAAAGCCUUUGCGUUUUGGAACAAGUAACAUAAGGAUAUGAAUUUUUCAAAUGGGCGUAUCGAGAGCGCAACUGUUUUUCUCAAUUCGAUUCGAUUAUUUUAUUAGCUAUACAAGGAUUUUAACUUAAAUCUGAUCUGAUUUUAUUUUUUAUCGAUGCGAUAAUUAUUUAUUUCUCUCCCGAAUCCAACUACGUCAGCUUGAUCGAUCGGCGUCAUUUUUAUCCUAUUUUUUGUGGAUCCAAUCUCGUGGAAUUGCGAUCUCGCAGUGUAUUUUAUGCAAUUGAAUUUUUCAUUGUAACGCAUAGGAAGAUAUCGAUCGUUGGUACACUCGCGACGAAUCGAAUCAAUCACGAUGACGUGAUGAUUAAUUUUAUCCUAAUCAACCCUAGAAUAUCAUAAGUAUUCAAUAAAUUAAUAAAUUAUUGUACACAAUAAAAAUUUUAAUCAAGUUGUUUCUAA